AAGGGACCGCCCGAAAAGAAAGAACGCGCGUGGAAGGCGCCGGGCGUCCAGUCUCGGGAGAGGUUUGAGGCUGCGCUCAUGUCCAGCGCCGAAAAUCCAGAAGAAUCCGCAGCCAUUUGCGUAACCACCAGGUGUGAGGUGGCACUGGACACAAACGUGAGGCUCCCGGGAGCUACACCUCCGCCGCCUGAGAGCCAUCCCUUUUUACCUCACGCGGCUCUGGCAGCCGUCGUUUCUACCUGAAGAGCUGGCCCCUCCCCUCCGGACGCACUUCCCUUCCCCGGCAGGAAGAAGGGCGCUGACCCAAGGGGCGCACGCCCCUGGCUGCGCAUGCGUUAUUCGUCAGCGGCGAGUGGCCUCGCGGCGCCGGAUUCACCGCCCCGCCGGGGGUGCGCCUGCGCGGUCGCCUGGGCUCCCACCUCAGCUUCCCCUCCCCCUGGUCCCCGCGGGGGCUCAGAGCCCGACGGGACCAUGUUCACCAGCACCGGCUCCAGUGGGCUCUACAAGGCGCCCCUGUCGAAGAGCCUUCUGCUGGUGCCCAGUGCCCUCUCCCUCCUCCUGGCCCUUCUCCUGCCUCACUGCCAGAAGCUCUUUGUGUAUGACCUCCACGCAGUCAAGAAUGACUUCCAGAUUUGGAGGUUGAUAUGUGGAAGAAUAAUUUGCCUUGAUUUGAAAGAUACUUUCUGCAGUAGUCUGCUUAUUUAUAAUUUUAGGAUAUUUGAAAGAAGAUAUGGAAGCAGAAAAUUUGCAUCCUUUUUGCUGGGUUCCUGGGUUUUGUCAGCCUUAUUUGACCUCCUCCUCGUUGAAGCUAUGCAGUAUUCCUUUGGCAUCACUGCAGCUAGUAAUUUGCCUUCUGGAUUCCUGGCACCUGUGUUUGCGCUGUUUGUACCAUUUUACUGCUCCAUACCGAGAGUCCAAGUGGCACAAAUUCUGGGCCCGUUGUCCAUCACAAACAAGACGUUGAUUUAUAUAUUGGGACUACAGCUUUUCACCUCUGGUUCCUACAUCUGGAUUGUAGCCAUAAGUGGACUUAUUUCAGGUCUGUGCUACGACAGCAAAAUGUUCCAGGUGCAUCAGGUGCUCUGCAUCCCCAGCUGGAUGGCAAAAUUCUUUUCUUGGACACUUGAACCCAUCUUCUCUUCUUCAGAACCCACCAGCGAAGCCAGAAUUGGGAUGGGAGCCACGCUGGACAUCCAGAGACAGCAGAGGAUGGAGCUGCUGGAUCGGCAGCUGAUGUUCUCUCAGUUUGCACAAGGGAGGCGACAGAGACAGCAGCAGGGAGGAAUGAUCAAUUGGAAUCGUCUUUUCCCUCCUUUACGUCAGCGACAAAAUGUAAACUAUCAGGGUGGUCAGCAGUCUGAGCCAGCAGUGCCCCCUCCUCUAGAAGUUUCCGAGGAACAGGUCGCCCGGCUCAUGGAGAUGGGAUUUUCCAGAGGUGAUGCUUUGGAAGCACUCAGAGCUUCAAACAAUGACCUCAAUGUUGCCACCAACUUCCUGCUGCAGCACUGAUAGUCCCAGGCCAGCACUGGGACCGGACUGGCCACCAGCUGACAGUGCAUGGUCCCACCAUCAGAUCAGCCUGGGGACUGAGCACCUCUGGUGCUGAUGUUCCUGUGGGGAGAGGGAGGUUCCACCGCACCCCCACCCUCAACCCCAAGACUGUUGCCAUUAUAGCAUCGAAAUAAGUUUGCCAUUACAUUAGCAUGUAUUUUCUAUCUAUAUUUUUUUAUUGGGCAUUUUCCCUAGGUUGGAGAGUCAUUACUUGUUUUGAAUGUGUUUAAAAAUGCAUUAAAAUGGAAGAUUUCUGCAGGCAGUUGAAUGGCACUCCAGAUGGGGAAUUGCUGUGACCCUCUUACUGUGUAACACGUCAUUUCCUGUGUCGUGAUGGGAGAGAGUAAUGUUAUUUCACAAAGGACGUGUCAGAUCCUUCUUCAUGGACUUUUUUAGUUACUGUUUUUUGUUUUUUUUUUCUCUCAAACUUGUUUUCAAAUCUCCUGGGGGAUGAGGGAGAAACGGGGAGUUGAACUUUCCCCCGUGCUGUUCCAGGCCAGUACCUUCUCCUGCAUCUGGUAACAAAGUAUGGUGAUAACCAUGUGCUGGUUCAAGGUUCUGGAAUUCUCCAUGAACUUGGGUUAAUUUUGCUCAGAAUAUCCAGAGUUGGCCACUAGGCUGUGGGUGAAAUGGGAUGGAGAGGAAGAACAGCAGGCUUUCUGAAGCCACGUGGACUGACUAGGGAGCUUUGUGGCUGACGCAGGCUCAGCCGGGGAAGAGGAAAAAUGAUCCUUAGCCUGCCCCGUCCCUGUGGCAGGCUAACUGUCUGGCCCUCCUAGCUCGCAGCCAGCCAGCUCCUCUGGCAGCAGGUUCUCCCCAGGUCUUGGGUCUUGAACCUGCGGCAGCAGGAGGCAAGGCACACUGUGGAGGACAGGGCUCAGGUCAGGGAGAGGAGAGGCAGGGGUGGACCGCUGUGAGCAUGAAAAGACCAGAAGCAAGUUGACUCUUGCAAUGCGCAAUUGUUAUGUUCUGCAAAAUGAGCAGUGAUGUAUCAAAUUGAUGCAAAUUUAGAUGUUGAUACUUACAAUAAAGUUUUUAAUGUGUUUUA